CCGCUGUCAGAGCCAGACCUCUGGAUACCCUCCGCUCUGUCCCAGGAUGUCUCUCCUGCAGGGUGUCCUCUCCUGGGUCCUCAGCUGGGCCGGCCUCUGUCAGAUCAUGGCCGUGGUCGGCAUAGGCCUGGUUGCCUUGGUGGCGGUUUGGAUGGCGAGGCUGUUGGCGCGUCACGCCUGGUACACGCACAGACUGUCCUGUUUCUGCAGGCCACAUGCAGACUCUUGGCUGAUGGGCCACAUGGGCCAGAUGCAGAGCACGGAGGAAGGUCUCCUCCAGGUGGACGAGCUGGUGCAGACGUACAAACACUCCUGCAGCUGGUUCCUCGGUCCUUUCUAUCACUUUGUCAGAGUCUUCCACCCAGACUAUGUCAAACCUCUACUAAUGGCAUCAGCCAGCAUUACAGUGAAAGAUGAGCUCAUCUAUGGCCAUCUGCGUCCAUGGCUUGGACGGAGUCUGUUGCUAAGCAACGGGGAGGAGUGGCUUCGCAGGAGGAGGCUGCUGACUCCAGUUUUUCAUUUUGACAUUCUGAAGAGCUACGUCGCCACGUUCAACACCUCAACCGACACCAUGCAUGGUAAAUGGCGCUGCCUGGUGGCAGAGGGCAGAGCCAACAUGGAGAUGUUUGACCAUGUCACUCUGAUGACACUGGACAGUUUACUGAAAUGUGUCUUUAGCUACAACAGCAACUGUCAGGAGUUGACCAGUGAGUACGUGUCAGCCAUCGUGGAGCUCAGUGACCUGAUAAUAGACCGUCGCCUCAAGAUUUUACACCACUGGGACUGGUUUUACUGGAAAACACAGCAGGGGAAAAAGUUCAAGAAGGCCUUAAGUGUCGUACACGGGUUCACCAGUGAAGUGGUUCAGAAGCGUCGCACCCUCAUCAACCAGCAGACGGGGGCGGAAACAGAUUUCACCACAGCGCCACAGAGAAGGAAGGAUUUUUUGGACCUCAUACUGCAGUCAAAGGAUGACGACGGACUAGGCCUGACAGAUGAGGAGAUACAGGCGGAGGCAAACACCUUCAUGUUCGCAGGUCAUGACACCACAGCCAGCGCGAUUUGCUGGACCCUCUAUAAUCUGGCGCGCCAUGCGCACUUUCAGGAGAAAUGCAGGCAAGAAGUGAUGGAUCUGAUGCAAGGACGAGACAGACAUGCAAUAGAGUGGGAGGAUCUGUCCAACCUCACCUUCACCACCAUGUGCAUCAGAGAAAGCCUCCGACUCCACUCUCCUGUGCAGGCCGUAACGAGGCAAUACACCCAGGACAUGGCGCUUCCAGGGGGCCGGACGGUUCCAGAGGGUGCCAUUUGUCUGGUCAGUAUUUACGGAACACACCACAACCCCACCGUCUGGACAAACCCCAAUGAGUUUGAUCCUCUUCGUUUUGACCCAUCCAACACAAAAAAACGUCCGUCUCACGCGUUCAUUCCCUUUUCUUCAGGCCCCAGGAACUGUAUUGGUCAGAAGUUCGCCCUGGCAGAGCUGCGAGUCGUUGUGGCGUUGACCCUGCUCAGGUUUCGCCUGACCCUCGGAGUGAACCCAGAACUCGGGACCAGCUCCGGGGGCAUUCGUCGUGUCCCCCAGCUCGUCUUGCGGGCUGAGGGAGGCCUGUGGCUGCGGCUGGAGCCUCUGACGACACCCGGCGUGGAGGAACCAUAGGCCGAAGCACUGUUUUAAUCCAUUAUGUGCACUUCAGGGCCACCAUGAAAGUCAGUUAUGUUGGAUAUCAGCAUUGAAUAACUGGGACAAAGGAGUUUAUGUUUAAAACGUAUUGACUGUUUCACACCAUGUAGAAUGUCAUUCCUAUCUCUUUACAUGUUUAAUGUAAUAAUGCAUAAUGGGAAACACAAUUUAUUUUACAUUUUACAAAUGUUGAGAAGCUACUCUUCUCAACAUUUGUAUAUUUUUGAGUGAGCCAGAUAAAAUAAGUUAAAAAUUUGUUGUCUAUGGGGUCAAAUUACACGAAAGUAUAACAGCAGCGUGACUCAAAUGUAGCACAGACAGAAGGAAUCUUAACAUCACCAGAUUUAACACCACUAAUUUCUGCCUUAAUAAUCAAACAGCCAUAAUAAUCAAUCAAAAACUAAAGCACUUGAGUUUCAGAAGGGGGUGUAUUUAUUGGGCCUAAAUGUGCUGUUAUUAAUUCAUACAGCCAGUUUUUUUCCCUUUCAAAAAAAAGUACUGAGAGCAGUUUUGAAAUUUUCUGGCUGCAGUAACAACAUUUGGACAGUAGGUGGCAGAUAAGUGCCGCAUUUGGAUUUAGCGUGGCAUGUAAAAUUAUGAUUUUUUUUUAUUUUUAAAGACGCUGUUAUCAGAAACUGUUAUUAAACAGACACAUCCACAGCGAACAGCCAACAAUAAAGGCAGAUUUAUGAAAA